UUACAAGCAUAAUUGUGUAUAUGUGAAUAUUUAUUUAUACUUAUAGGUAGCUUCAGUUGUAACUGACUGUAAGCAACUUGGGUCCCAAACUACCAAGUAGAAAGUUUUUUAACUGCUGGUCUUAAGGAGUAACACUAUCUAUUCUUACUGAAGAAAAAGGCAAGGGAUAAUUCUAAGAUUUUAAAGAGUACCACUUAACAGUUUGGGAAGAUAAUGUCUUUGAUUUUGUGUUGGCAUGAUGUGGAAAGAGAAAGAAAAUAGCACAUCCAAUUUAAUACAGUAGAUUAUUCAGAUAUGUAUACCAUUCAGAAAUCAAGGAAGGGGAAGAGAGAUGGACAUGUAUUUUUUUGAAAAGUGUUAAGAGUGUAUAGAGGCUUUGGACUCUCCAGUUCAGUUAUUUUUAAAACAGUGGACUUGGAUCCUAAAUUCUCUUAAUCAGUGAAAAGGAACUUUUCAGUUUCAACCCAUUGGAUUGGACUAUGGACAGGAAAGCCCUGAGGGUUACAUGAAUCAGUCACCUUUGUAUGUCUUCCCUUCAUCCCCUUAUUCAUUUGCUUUGUCCCUGUUCAAUUUUAGAUUAUGAAGGGUUUAGGUUGUUCAUAUUGUAUGAUGACAUUACUUGCCUUUUCUCUUAAGACAGGUUAUGAUUUAAUAAAACUAAACUGUUCUUCCCCUCCAGAAACAAUUUUUUUCCAGCUGAAUUUCUGGUGCUUUAAUCUGAUUGUCUUUUCAGGUGAAGGAGCUGCUGGCAGCAAUUAUGGCUAUACCAAUAGUGGCUAUAGUGUAUAUGAGGAAGAAAAUGAAAAGUUAACGGAAAGUUUGCGCUCAAAAGUCACUGCCAUAAAAUCUCUUUCCAUUGAAAUCGGAACAGAAGUUAAACAACAAAAUAAAUUAUUAUCUGAAAUGGACAAUGAUUUUGAUUCAACAAGUGGAUUCCUUGGUGCAACAAUGGGUAGACUGAAAAUCCUCUCCAGAGGAAGCCAGACAAAACUGUUAUGCUACAUGAUGCUGUUCUCAUUGUUUGUCUUUUUUGUGAUCUAUUGGGUUAUUAAACUGAGGUGAUGCAGAUCUCCAUUAUAAGAUUAUUAACACCAUGAUGGACUCUUAGAAAGUUCUUUGAGAAAACUGGUAAAUAAUUUUUGUAAACCGCAUUUAGGAUUAAUGCCUUUGGAUCUGUGCUGUGUACAUUCUUAAAUGAUUAGGCCAGAAGCAUUGCCAUUUUUAAAAAAGCCCUUAUUUUGUAGGGUCCCUGAACUGAAUUCUGUUCGUCUGAGCUCUUUACAAACAAAACAAAAUAUCAGUUUACUAAGGAUGAAUUCCAUUGUUAAAAGAGGCAUUUUCAUAUUCAGAAGUUAUACUUUGUAACAUUUCCUUUUUUCCUACUAAUAAAAGGUAAUCUUGGUC